UUGAAUUUCACAGAACAACUAUGAGGUCUCAUAAGGGAAUAAUGGAAGCAAUAACAAUGAGCCGGAAGAUAAAUCAAUCAAAUACAGACUCAAAGGAGGACUUCAGGCUCCCACCAGCAAAUAAGUACUCUGGAUCAAGAAAGCAAGUCAAGGUUAAGCGUCAAUCUACUAAAGGCGAUAGCACUAGACUUGGUUCGAAAAACUCUGACAGGAUGGGAGGAAUGGUCCGUGGUGAUACCAUCGGGUCAAUGAAGACUACCCAAGACCAUGAAAAUAUCCCUUCAAAUGCCUUUGAAAAGGUUCCUAAUAAACUUAGUUCCUCCAAUCUCAAUGAUGAAAUAGAUACUUCUGGGCUAACUGAAAAACAGGAGUUAGCUCUUUUGAAAAACAAAAUCAUGGAUCAGAGGAAAGAACUUGAAAACAGGAAUGAUAUCCUGACUGCUCUGCAACGGAACUUUGAGGCCUUAUCCAUGUUCUGCAAGAAAGAAAGAGCUGAAGCUCAGAGCAUCAAAAAUAUGAAUGAAAAGCUUAAAGAAGAAAUUCGAAAGUAUAUCGAGAAGAUAACAGGCAUGGAUAAUAAAAUAAAGACUAUCUCUGCAGAUAAUGAACUCCUGGCAAAGGAUCGCAUCAGAGCCAAGAAGUUAGCAGAUGAGCUUCAUGAUCUUAAAAUUCAGAAGAAAGUGGUUGAAAAGAAUCUCGAAAACUCUAGAGGUCAGUGCAAGAGGAUCGGUGAUGCAAAUGAAAGAACCAAAAGUGAACUACAGAAGCUCAAGCAGGAUUAUAAAAUUGAAUGUGAGAAAACUAAGUCCUUGCAGCAGAAAAUCAGAGAUGAAGAUGCUAGAAUAGCGAAUAUCAAUAAACAACACCAAGAAGAAAUGAUGAAGUUAAGGGAUGAGCAUAAGAGAAUGAUGGACGUGCUUAAAGAUAAUAUGAGCAAACUCAAAGGAAACUCUGCUAAGGAGCAUGGAGAUCUCAUGAGCGAACUCCAAGAGACAAGGAAUAAAGUGAAAGAACUUGAAAAGAUAGCUGAUAAUGCUCAAAAGGAUGCUCAUACCAAAGAUGUCCUCCUCAAAGCUGAGAAAACUAAGGUAGAUUCCUUAAAUACUCAAGUGGCUGACCUUCUUAGAAAUAUUAAGAAUGGAAGUUCUAAUUUUGAUUCAGAGAGGAAGGAAUUACUAGAGAAAAUUCAUGAGCUAACCAAAUCAAAAGAUGUGUUGAAAGCCCAAUAUUCUGAGCUAAAUUCCCGUCUGACAGAUCUGUCUCAAAAGAACCUUAGUAAAGAAGAUCAGGCGAAUAGGCAUAUGGAAGAGCUCAGUAGAACUAUUAACAACCUGCAACUGAAGAUAGAUGAGGCAGAAUCUGAGAAGCAAGAAUUGAUUGAUAGGAUCCAGCAAUUAGAUCAAAAGAUGUUCUCUACUAAAUGUGAUCAUGAUAAUGAGAUAAAAGAGCUCAAGAGACUCCACUCUGAUGCCUUAUCUCUUAGAGAGAAAAAGAUAGAGGAGCUUCAGAUGGAGGUUAGAAUGAUGGGCCAAAAACUCUCCAGCUCUGAUAAAGCUACUAAUUCCAGUGAGAAGGAAAUUAGAGACAAAGAAAACGAAAUUACCAAGCUAAAGCAAGAAAUAGAAUCUUUAACUGAAAGAAUCAGAGUUAUGCUUGCUGAGAUGGACAAGAAGCAGGCCGAAGUUGAAAAGAUGGAGAAAGAUAAAGCAGAUAGGGAGAAAAUAUUUGAGUCUAAGUUAUCCCAUCAUCUAAAGAAGAUUCAAGAUUAUGAAGCCAGAAUAAGUGGAUAUGAGGGUACAAUUAAUGAACUGAACGAAAAGAUUACUUCUCUGGUGAACUCCCAUGCUCAAGAGGGGAGCAAAGGUAAAGAUGCUGUCAAACAGCUAGAAUAUGAGAUUGCCAUGCUCAAAAAAUCCCACAAGGAAGAGAUUGACAAACUUAAAGGUACAAUAGAGAAAGAAGUCAGAGCUAAAAUGGGAGUUGAGAAAAAGCACAAAGAAGAGAUUUAUGCUUAUGAACAGAAAAUUCUGUCCCUAAAUAAGGAAAUCAGAACUAAAAUUGGAGAUAUAGACCAUCAUAAGGGUGAAAUAGAGAAGCUUAAGGAAGAAAUACAGUCUUGUAGAGGCUAUGCUGACUUGUUGAAGAUAGAUAUUACAAACCAAAAGGAAGCUAUAAGCCAACUUAAUGAAGAAAACAAAGAAUUGCAGACUCAUAGUGACUUCCAACAGGAUGAAAUUGCUAAGCUGAAGGCCAAACUUGGCAACAUUCCUGAUUUUGAUUUAGAAGAAAUAGCUCUAAAAGAGAAAAUUGCAAAAAUGAAAGAGUCAAAGAUCAAGGCACUAAUUGAUAAAAUAGAUCAUGUAAUGGCUAGUAUGGAGAGCAAUAUGUGAUGUUAUCUCUGUAUGGAAAUUUUUAAUGAAGGUCAAACGAUAACACCAUGCGGUCAUAACUUCUGCCAGAAGUGAUUGGAUGAACACAAACCUGACAAAUGUCCCAAAUGAGAUAAGAAGAUUACCUCCAAAAUCCCUGACGUAGUAAUAAAUGAUGUGGUCGCAAAAUAUCUAUUCCAAAGAGACAUUCUCUCUUCAUUUAAAAAUGAAGAUGUGUGGAAAAAUAUGGCUGAAGAUAAGCCUUAA